AACUUUGAGGGCUGUUCUAGGUUCUAUGGUAUACGUUGACAGAUGUCAAAAGACAUGAACACGUUUGUAAACAGACGAAAAGUUCGAUAAAAGUUGGGAGCUCAAUACGCCAACAGGAUGACAGACGCUAAAUUAGAGAUGUUCGACGAUGUUGGUGGUCUUGUCGAAGGAGAAAUGUCCAUUCCAACCAAUAAAAACACCCAAAAUAUAGGUAAACCUGACUUUAAUACGUUAGAUGAACCUAUUCGGGAUACGAUAUUGCGAGAUUUAAAGGCUGUCGGAGUCAAAUUUGCCCAUGUACUAUUUCCAAAAGAGAAGAAGACUUUACUAAAAGAAUGGGACUUAUGGGGACCUUUAAUGUUAUGCACAUUUAUGGCAAUGGUUUUACAAGGGUCAAGCACAGUGGAUAAUUCCAAUGAUGGUGGGCCAGAAUUUGCAGAAGUAUUUGUUAUAGUAUGGAUAGGUUCAAUGGUGGUAACACUUAAUUCUAAGUUACUUGGAGGAAACAUUUCCUUCUUCCAAAGCAUUUGUGUAUUGGGUUAUUGUUUAUUACCCACAACUUUAGCACUAAUUGUCUGUAGGAUAAUCCUGAUGGUAGAACAAACACCUAUGUUGUUUUUUUUAAGGUUCACUGUUUCAAUGAUUGGAUUUGCUUGGGCUACAUAUGCUUCUAUGGUAUUUUUAGGAGAUAGCCAGAAGCCAGGUCGAAAAGUCUUAGCAGUUUACCCAAUAUUUUUAUUUUACUUUAUAAUAUCGUGGCUUGUCAUAUCACACACAAACACAUAAAAAGCUUACCAUGAGUGUAUAUAAUUUAUUUAUUAGAUAAGCAUUUCUUGUAAAGUAUGACAGAUUCCAUUGUUUGUAUGUAUAGAUUUAAUAAAGUAAAAGAUGUUUUUGUGAAAA